CUUGAGAGGAAGAAAUACCCCCGUGUAGCCACAUGGGGCGAAUCACACAUGAACUGGCACAGCUAGUAGCUAACAAAAUAAAAUAAGAACCUUAGUUAGCUUUCUAGCUAAUCUACCAUGGAGGACCUACCUGCAGAUAUCAAAGCUUUCCUUCUGAAUCACCCAUUUUUUGAACUUACGGACGACGGCAAAAAGAUCAAAUGCGUACUCAAUGGACAUGAUUGUCCUUGCAAACUCACAGAGCUCCAGAACUUCACCAAAGGGAAGAAAUAUCAGAAAAUGUGUUCUAAUGCAGAGUUCAAAUAUAGUCAAUAUGAACCACAUGUUGUGCCCAGCUCGAAGCAACCCAAUCAUCUCUUCUGCAAGUUGACGCUCAGACACAUCAAUCGCCUGCCACACCAUGUCUUACAGCAUGUCAAUGGGAAGCGGUUCCAAAAAGCGAAGAAGAAAUAUGAAGAGUGUGUGCAACAGGGUGUGGAGUACAUACCAGCCAGCCUCAGACAGAAGAAGCCCAGAGAUGGAGAGAAAGAUUGGGACAGGGGGCGCAACUUCCAGCGGGGGAAUGGAGCGUGGGCUCCUGACUCCAGCGAUGAUGGAGGCAGUGACUCCGAGGACAGCAUGAGUGACCUGUACCCCUCCACUUUAUUCUCUCUGAAAAAGGAGACAGAUGGUAUGGAGGAGGAAAAAGAUGCCUUUAAAACAGAUGAUGAUGAUGAUGAGGAGAUGGAGAUUGAUAAACAGGCGCCACAGAAACGCAAGAAGGUUCAGGAUGGGGGUUUCCAGAAGAAAUUCAAGAAUCAUAACUGUAAAAGAAAAGGUUUUAAAGACCAUGUUAAAAAUAUAAAAUAAAGGUGAAUGCUGUGCCCAUGUUAAAAAUGGAAAAUAAAGGUGAAUGCUGUGCUUCUCUAUUCGCACUUU